AUGUCCUCCUGGCUCCCCUGGUCCUCCUCCUCCUCCCCGUCCCCCCUUCCCGAGCGGACCACCCCGCAACCUUCUCCCUCCCCCGAGCCCGCCUCCUCCCCCUCCCCGUCCUCCGUCCCCGCCCCGCUCGCCUUCGCCCUCGGCGCGCUGAGCAGCACGCUCGCCGCGCUCGCGUACGCGCGCUACUUCCGCCGCCUGCCGACGGGCGAGUGGGUCACGCCCGACGUCUUCGCGCGCCGGCGCUGGAUCGCGGGCGUCGUGACCAGCGUCGGCGACGCGGACAAUUUCAGGCUGUACCACACCCCCGGCGCGGGCUGGCGGUGGGCGCUGAAGUUCCGGCGCGUGCCGACCGCGAGCAAAGAUCUGCGGAACCAGACGAUACAUAUACGCAUGGCGGGGAUCGACGCGCCCGAGGCGGCGCACUUUGGGCGCCCCGCGCAGCCGUACGCGGCGGAGGCGCUCGCGUGGCUCAAGGCGAAGCUCGAGGGGCGGCGCGUGUACUGCCAGCUCGUGCGGCGCGACCAGUACGGGCGGAUCGUCGCCCACGUCGUCCUGCCCCCGCGCCUCCUCCCGCUCUCGCGCGCGCGCCCGGUGCAGCUGGAGAUGCUCGCGGCGGGGUGGGUGACGACGUACGAGCAGGCGGGCGCGGAGUACGGGCACUGGGGGCUCGCGGAGUUCAAGCGCGUCGAGGCGGAGGCGCGGGCCGCGCGCCGCGGGAUAUGGAAGACGGGCGCGCUCGCGGAGACGCCGGCGGAGUAUAAGCGCAGGUACGCGUCGUCCCCCCCGCCGCCGGCGAGUGGAGGAGAUCCUGAGAGGGGGCCGAGGAAGCUGGGGCGGUUCAAGCGGUUCUGGCCUGCUGUACGCAUGGGGAAGACCGGAGCAGACGGCGGGCGUGGCGCACCCUUGCGAGAGUCUGUCAAGGCCGGGAGCGCAUGGCGAGAGAAUGGCGUGUUUCUGGGGGUGGUGCGUGCCAUGAGGGUGCCGGGUCACGUUUAAUGUUGUUAUAUCUUGCCUGUUGGCAUGCAGUGA